AUGGCGCUACGUCGUGGAAAACGUAAUCUGAAGUUGCAAGUCGACGAAGUGCCUGCACCAGUAACACCACCAAGAAAUUUAGACAAACGUACUACCAUCACUAUAGACGAAAAAACAUUUGUUGUCGAAGCAGAUGAUUUAGAAACACUUUGUGUACUUGGCCGUGGAGCUUAUGGAGUCGUUGAUAAAAUGCGACAUAAACAAAGCGGUACAAUCAUGGCAGUUAAGAGAAUAACUGCAACUGUUAAUACACAAGAGCAAAAACGACUACUCAUGGAUUUAGAUAUUUCUAUGCGUAGCUCGGCAUGUUCCUACACAGUACAAUUUUAUGGAGCCUUAUUUCGCGAGGGUGAUGUAUGGAUAUGUAUGGAGGUGAUGGAUAUGAGCCUUGAUAAAUUUUAUACAAAAGUAUACAAACAUGGUCGUGCCAUCCCAGAAGAUAUUUUAGGAAAAGUGGCUUUUGCGGUAGUAAGUGCACUACAUUACCUUUACUCGCAAUUACGAGUAAUUCACAGGGAUGUUAAACCUAGUAAUAUUCUAAUCAAUCGGAAAGGUGAAGUGAAGAUUUGUGAUUUUGGAAUAUCGGGUUAUCUCGUAGAUUCGAUAGCCAAAACCAUAGACGCUGGGUGCAAACCAUACAUGGCUCCAGAAAGGAUAGACCCGUCGGGUAACCCAUCGCAGUACGACAUCAGAUCGGACGUCUGGUCAUUAGGGAUUUCCCUUGUUGAAUUAGCCACGGGUAAAUUUCCGUACGAGUCGUGGGGCACGCCGUUCGAACAACUGAAGCAAGUAGUGAAGGAUGAAGCUCCAAAAUUACCUGCCGGCAAAUUCUCCCCUUCGUUCGAAGAAUUUAUCAAUAAGUGUCUAAUGAAGGACUACACUGCCCGUCCAAACUACAGUCAAUUGCUGGAACUCAGCUUCAUCACAGAACAUGCUCAAAAGGAUACGAAUGUGGCAGAAUUCGUCGGAGAGAUUCUAGACUUACCGGAAAAUGAGCAGCCGGUAUAGUGUAUGGGCUACUUUGACACAGCUUGCAACAUAAUUUGACAUGCAAUGCAAUUUUGUCUUCGGAUAAAAGAAUCGUUUAUAAUGGCAUCUUAAUGCAUAAUUUAUAAUGUUAAAUUGUACAAUUAUUGCCAUUGAAACAUAAUUGGCACUUAAAUAAUUAUCUUAUUUAUCAUCUUUUUUUAGUAAUUUUCAUCAGAGUUAUGCCUAAUAUAAUUCUAAAGUCUACUAAAAUUUGGAAAUGUUUUUGAAGAUGCAAAGAUUACUUGUCACUCUGAAGGGAAUUAUAUAAAAUAGUGUAGAUGUGUUUUUACAUAAUGUAGAGCAAUGUAAACUAGUAUCCAUUACUUUGGUAAUAAUAUAAGCAAAAUCGUAAUAAUGUUAUUAUUGAUAUACGUAUCUUUAGAUAUGUGAAUUAGAAGACCAAUGAGAAUUUGUGCUAUAACACUGAAUAUUGUACAUAGUAAUUGAAAAAUUGUACUGUGUCUAGAGAAACCUGCGCCCGAACUGAUUACUUAAUAAUCAGUUUCAGAAAUUGCAUUAGUAAUAGGAAUUAAAUUUUGUGACGUGAAUAUUGUGCAUAGAAGUAGCGAGUCUUGAGUAGAAAUCAAGUUCUGAAUGCUUUUUCUUUUCUUUUUUACAUAUGCAUAUAAUGUAAUAGGAACAGACAUUGAAUAAAUGAUUGUUAAAAGAU